AUGGCUCCCGGAAUGUUUGAUCUCGCCAACUUCGUCAUCUACCGCAAGCCCAUCACCUAUCACAAGGGUCUUGACAUUAAGGACGAUCGUUUUACUUUGGGAAGAGGAAUUGGAUCCUGGGCUCAAACACUGCACUCAAAGGGCUUGAAUUCCAAGCAGAAAUUUCCGCCCAUCAAGGCGUGUCCUGCAGGCACUCUCAACCCGUUCGCAGUCAAUGUCCGAAAAGAAUUCUGCUACAUUAACCCCGCGGUACAUCCCAGGGAAACCGCUAAUGUCCAUCUGAUGUUGCGGUACAUCAAUUCUGUUUUCUCCAGUGUUCCUGAUCUCACACUCCAUAAGAUCCUUCUUGUUGUUCCUUACCUCGAGCAGCAGAACUUGUAUCGGAAGAUCAAGCUAACAGAUCCGUUCUGGGCUGAACUACAUAUCUCAACUGCCAACAAGGCUCAAGGAGCGGAAGACGAGUUCCUUUGUUACGACGGAACCGCUGCAGCCAACAUGGGAGGAAAGGUCGGCUUCUACGCCGAUUUUCACCGCCUUGCAGUUAUUCUGUCUCGACAACGAGAUGGAAUCUUGCUCAUGAUGGAUUUUGAUGCCGCUAUCCAGACUCGUAAGACAAAAGACCCACUCCCAGAAGCCGAGCAAGGUGUAAUUGCCGAAGAAGACCAUGGAAUUCCUCAAGAGGUAGACCAGACUCACGAUGUUCAAUAUCUUCAUCGAAUGUUUCAGUAUUUCAGAGACACCGGUAGAGUUAUUGAGGAGAACGUGAAUAACCUUGCAGAUGUGAUGCUACCUCAAAUCACCGCAAAAACCUACGAGUCUCACAAGGCAAAAAAAUAUGGUGUUAACACUAUAUCGUUCAAUCAUGUCUUCUCCAAGGCACAGGAUGAACCAGCAAAUAGGUCGAGCAGCGACUGGGACACGGCCCCCGCAAAAUCUACAAAGGAGUCAAGCUGGGACACUGCAACUUCAAGCAGCGACAACUGGGAGAAUGCUAGCCUUGCUGCAAACAAGGAAUUCGUUCGAGUGGAAGUCUCUGGCACUGUUUCAUCGGUUCAACUACCAGCAUCCCAAGCAGAUAUGGAUCUACCAGCUGCAAAUCCCUCAGAGGAGCAAGAAUCAACAGAGGAGUCAACAUGGGACACUGCAUCUUCGAGCAGCAACAACUGGGAGAAUGCCAGCCUUGCUGCCAACAAGGCAUUUAUUCAGGAGGAAAUCGCUCGCACUGAUUAUUCGGUCCAACUACCAACGCCAUCCUUCAAUCAUCAACCAUCCCAAGCAGAGAUGGGUCUGUUGAACCAAUUGCAAUCCCUUCCAGGUGAAACCCCCCGACAAGUUCCCUCUUAUCAAUCUCAGAGCACUCCUCAGCAUAGUUCCAAUGUCACCUCAAAUGCCUUCACCCAGAGCACAGAGUUGUUCAGAUGCAGGAGUUGCAACGUCACAUUAAUCAGCAGAUGA